GUGCAGCUCGCUAAUCCGCCCAGGGAUCUCUCUGCACCUUGUGGUUCGUGAUCCGAAUUAGCAUCUCCAAAAAGCCCCCAAAAACACGGGCCAGCUAUCCGAUUAAUACCAGCAGAGCAAUCCAAACUAUGCAUGGCAACGCUCACAUCCAGAAUUGGAUCGGCAACCUCCACGACACUCGUUGGCGCUGGAAGCUGCUGCCGAAUGACGCUCAAGUUGUUGGUGGGGCCUUCGCCGCCCCGGGGCAUCAAACGCGGCGGUGCCAGGAGAAUGACAAGCACGUCUGGGGCUAGAACCGGCUUCUGGGCCCGGGGCGAUUGAAACCUUCGGUCGAGGACCCAUCCACUGCCGUACGCCCUCCUCUCACAGCGCUCGCGUUCCCUGCUCGGCCACGCCCGCCUUGGGCAAACUAUGUACUGCUCAGCUGCCCGCGUCUCGGUGAAGAGCCUGCGUAAGAAUUCAGGCAGCACUUCAGAGUCAACGAGCUAGUGUCGACCGCAAUGCCGUGACCCAGUAUCCGGAGACCAGGGCGGUUGACCAUGAAUAGCCGUCACGACACAACAGAGGCUGGCCUCAGGUAUAAGGAGCCAUCGGCUGCCCCCCUCUAAUAUGUUGUCCAGCUAAUACUAACAGCUUUUAAGUGAGCAUAACAUCCCACGUCUUCCGAGACAUCACCACACCACACCACACCACACCACACCACACCACGACGUGAUUCACACUAUUGCCUCACGCUCGGUAUUCACCAACCCAUCCCACCAACUCAGCGGUGCC